AUGGUACCCCGUGCCCGCGGCGGCGGCGGCACACUGGCUGCGGCUCCAGGACCCGGCCUCCUGGCCCUGCUGCUCGCUGUCUGCGCCCCGCUCUGGCUGCGGGCGGAGGAGCUCGGUGAUGGCUGUGGGCACAUAGUGACCUAUCAGGACAGUGGAACAAUGACAUCUAAGAAUUAUCCAGGAACUUACCCCAAUCACACUGUUUGCGAAAAGACUAUCACAGUCCCAAAAGGGAAGAGGCUAAUUCUGAGGCUGGGAGAUUUGGACAUUGAAUCCCAGACCUGUGCUUCUGACUAUCUUCUCUUCACCAGUUCUUCAGAUCAGUAUGGUCCAUAUUGUGGAAGAAUGACUGUUCCGAGAGAACUCUUGCUGAAUACAAGUGAAGUAACUGUCCGUUUUGAGAGUGGAUCCCACAUUUCUGGUCGAGGUUUCUUGCUGACCUAUGCCAGCAGCGACCAUCCAGAUUUAAUUACGUGUUUGGAACGAGGUAACCACUAUUUGAAGACAGAAUACAGCAAAUUCUGCCCAGCUGGUUGUAGAGACAUAGCAGGAGACAUUUCUGGGAACAUAAUAGAUGGCUAUAGAGAUACCUCUUUAUUGUGUAAAGCUGCUAUCCACGCAGGAAUAAUUGCAGAUGAACUGGGUGGCCGGAUCAGUGUGCUUCUGCGCAAAGGGAUAAGCCGCUAUGAAGGCAUCCUGGCCAAUGGUGUGCUCUCAAGGAUUGGUUCCCUGUCAGAAAAGCGAUUUCUGUUUACCUCCACUGAGAAUGACUCACUGGUGUGGCACAAAACAAUUUCAAACACUGAUGUUUCAACCGAGAGAGAUGACAAGACAAUCACAAAGCCCAUUCCCUCAGAAGACAUGCCCACAGGAAUAAACAUUACAACUGUGGCGAUUCCAUUGGUGCUACUUGUCGCCCUUCUGCUGGCUGGAAUGGGGGUCUUUGCCGCCCUUAGAAAGAGGAAGAAGAAAGGAAAUCCAUAUAUAUCAGCUGAGGCCCAGAAAACAGGUUGUUGGAAGCAGAUUAAAUAUCCCUUUGCCAGACAUCAAUCAGCUGAGUUUACCAUCACCUAUGACAAUGAGAAGGAGAUGACACAAAAGUUAGAUCUCAUCACAAGUGAUAUGGCAGAUUACCAGCAGCCUCUCAUGAUUGGAACAGGGACAGUCGCCAGGAAGGGCUCCACCUUCCGGCCCAUAGACACUGACGCCGACGAGGCCGGGACGGGCGCCGAGGCCAGCAGCCACUACGACUGCCCCCAGCGCGCUGGCUGCCACGAGUACGCGCUGCCCUUGACCCAUGCGGAGCCCGAGUACGCCACGCCCAUCGUGGAGCGGCACCUGCCGCGGGCCCACACCUUCUCGGCCCAGAGUGGCUACCACGUUCCUGGGCCCAGGCCGGCUCACAAACAUUCCCUUUCUUCCGGCAGCUUCUCCCCUGAGGCAGGGGCCACCAAGAGCGGAGACUAUCAGUUGCCACAAAGCCCCAAGCCUGCGGACAGGGGCUACGACAAGCCCAAAGCCAGCAGCAGCUUCGCUGCAGAGAACAGAAACUCCGCCUCUCAGAAGCCAGAGACGAAUCUCGGGGUGAAUGAUGGUUAUUCAGCCCCCAGAGACUGCCUCACCCCCCUCAACCAGACAGCCGUGACGGCUGUUCUGUGAACACAAUGUGAAAGAAACCUGCUGUGGUACUGAGCGUCACUGGAAGAUGGGAGAGUGCUGUUCAAGUUGUGUGCGCGUGCACGUGACUCAAUAGGAUCCUAGAGAGAACUUCUCAUACUGUUUACAAAACUCUGCAGCCGGUUUUGUUCUAACCCUUAGGCGAGAGCCUGUUGGUUUUUGUUGGACUAGAAAAAUGGGGGGGGGGGGGGGGGAAUUCUGAUGGCAUUUUCAUUUCUCUAACUGUGAUAUUGAGCUGCUUUCUUGCAAAAUGUGCAAUCUGUACAGAGUUGUAUUUAACAAGAAUUAAAGUAACUUAAGUUUGCUUUGUCAGAUUUUAGUUCUGUGCAGAGGUUAAGUGAAAAAUGCAGCGGUUGCAAAAACAAAUAGUAGUAGGAUGUGUUCACUUUUUUCAAAGUUUGAUUAUCUGAUACUGUGUUAACAGCAGGUCUGUUUAAACUUGAUCUUGUUAUUGUGGCUCAUUUCCUUUCCUUUGAUAACUACAAUUAAAAGCAUUUUUAACAUUCUUCUCCUGGAAGAAAUGGAAUUACUUGAAGUAUGAAAACCACACCAGGGUGGUUCCUCGUUUGGAAUCAUAAUUGUAGACUGAAUAAGACAUACACCACCUCAACAGCUGCUUGUUUCCUUAUGCUCCAUUUCAGAUGCAGAUGUGAAGUGGCCUGCCACAGAAGCCCAUUAUCCUCUGACCCUCAGGUACUCCAGCUGCUCUAGGCCCGGAGGCAAUGGACUCUGAGGAACUGCAUAAAUGUUAUGAAACCUUCAUAUGCAAAUCUGCCUUUUUAAACUGCAAAGCCAAAUGCUGAGACUUAUAAGCAACCCAAACUGUUCUUUCCACAAAUUGUAAUGAGGUGGCACAGCAAUUACAGCUUGAAUUACUGUCAGUUGUUUCUGUACCUCAGAUUAAAAAUAUUGCUGAAGACAGAAACUCACACUUUUCAUGACCUUCAUAAAAGGUGCAUGCUGGUGAC